UGUAUAAAUGCAAAUAUGUAUUGUAAUUACCGGUUGUGUGAGCGACUGCAGUUGGCGUUUCAUUUGAAGGUGACGCUUUUAUUGUCAUCACAACACACAACGACGACAGGAAAAAGUAAAAUUCACAGUUCUCUCUCAAAGCAAACAACAAUAAGUAAUCAAAAACCUGUUAAGAAUUUGAAAUGCCAUGUUAUGUAUAAACUAGCCAAUAGGCGUAGCUUAUACUAUGCAACAGCACUCAAGGCUGAGCUCAGCGGGCUGCAGAGUCAUGGCGGCGGCAGGCACCAUGACUACAACCAUAAUCUCGAGACUGCGAAGCAGAAUGCCCGGAUUGUGGUCAUAGGCGCUGGACUGGCGGGUCUCUCAGCAGCACAACAUCUACUGCAACAUGGCUUCAAUAGGACGCUGGUGCUGGAGGCGACGGAGCGUUAUGGGGGGCGUGUCAAUUCGCAGCGAUUUGGCGACACGUUCUGUGAACUGGGCGCUAAGUGGGUAAACAUCGAUGGCUCCCACGACUCCAUGUACGAGCUGUUACGUAACGCCGAAGGUUUGACGAAGAAACUGAAGCCUCCAACACAUGCUCGCUAUGUGCUUGCCGAAAGCCAGGUUAGUGGUGAGCAGCUAAAGGUGCCGCGGAGAAUGGUGGAGCUGAUCGAUAUGCUGUUUCGGGAAUUAUGUCGUGGUCUGAAGGUGCGCGAUCGGGUCAAGACUGGCGGAGAUCUACAGUCGCUAGACAAUGUGAUGAGCUACUUUCAGUCGGAGAGCGAGCGAUUGAUUGGCACAAUGUUUAAGGAGCCCAGCGAGCAGUUGAUGGCUCGUGACAUCUUUCAGUCGCUGUUCAAGGACUUUAGUAGCAUACUGGGCUGUUGCUUGGAGUAUGUAAACAUUCAGCAUGUCACCACGUGUCCGCUGCAGCAGGAAUCGCAUCCGAUCUAUGUGCCGAGUGGAUUAGACAACAUCGUAGAACAACUGACUAACGAUCUGGAUGUGGGUCAGCUGCAGAUGGGCAAACCAGUUGGCCAGAUACAAUGGCGCACCAUGUCGGAACCACAGAGUGUGGGCUGCAUGGAUGGCAGUCUCUAUCAAGCUGAUCACAUCAUUUGUACGCUGCCUCUGGGCGUGCUCAAGACUUUUGCGCCCGUGUUGUUUAAGCCCACACUACCGUUGGACAAGCUGCAGGCCAUACAGAAUCUGGGCUUUGGCAAUCCCGUCAAGAUUUAUCUGUCCUACAAGCGUCCCAUCAGCCGAUGGCUCAAAUCCAACCUGCGGCCCCUUACAAAAGAUCUCACUGUCAAUCCCAAUGGUAAUCAAAAUGCCAUCCGCAGUUGGACGCAACAGGUUGUCGAGGUGUCGCAGUUGCCUAGCAGCCAGCACGUGCUAGAGAUACGCGUGGGUGGAGGCUACUACGAUGAAAUAGAGAAGCUGCCGGAUGCCAAGUUGCUCGAGCAAAUUACUUCGCUGCUGCGACAGUGUCUUGCCAAUCCACGUGUGCCCUAUCCCCAGGCUAUGCUGCGCUCUACCUGGAAUAGCUCGGCCUGCUAUCUCGGCGGUCGUCCCUACUUUUCAGUGCACAGCAGUGCGCGGGAUGUGCACAAGUUGGCGGCACCACUGGGUCAUGUGGCGCCCACGCUGCUGUUUGCUGGCGAUGCCACCGCGUUGCAGGGCUUUGGCACCAUUGAUGGAGCUAGGUCUAGCGGUAUACGCGAGGCACAGCGCAUCAUUGAUUACUACAACAAAAAGCUUAGCGUUUAAGUUUUAGCAUGCUGUUAACUAGUCCCAAAAAACGAAUAUAGUUCAAAAUUAUCAGUUUAAA